AGCGGGCAGCAGCCCUGCCCUGGCAUAAUGUGGUCACCCUCUGCUUGGAAGGGGCAGAGGGGCUAAGAAAGAGUGCCUGGUAGCCACAGUCCCAGCCUGGAGGUGGCAUGCUCUGGCAUGGGGUGGUACUGAGGUUUGCAUCUUUCCUUGACCACAGAGCCCAAGGGGAUCUGGCCUAGGGAGAGGAAGCCGGCAGAAGGAGAAUCCAUUCUCAUGGUCCUCAGCAGGCCUGUGAGGGUGUCAAGAAAUUACAUCAUCCUGUCACACCCCUGACAGGUUGGGUCAGGGCAGAGGGCAAAGGCCAGUCUCGGCUCCAUUUAUAAUCUAGAAAGCCUAGUCCGGGCCAGCCCACGGAGUAUGGUGAGGGUGCCCUGCCUGGCUUGGCCCUAGGUGCUUGGUGUGGUGAGGGUGCCGGUGUGUCCAGAGGAGUCCAGAGCGCAGACAGCCAUGGGGCUGCUGACUGGAGAGACAUUGGGGCCCCUGGCUGUGGCUGUGGCCAUCUUUCUGCUCCUGGUGGACCUGAUGCACCGGCGUGUGCGCUGGGCCACACGCUACCCACCGGGCCCUAUGCCACUGCCCGGGCUGGGCAACCUGCUGCAGAUGGACUUAAAGGAUAUGCCUCGCUCUGUUAACCAGCUGCGGCGCCGCUUUGGGGACGUGUUCAGCCUGCAGCUGGCCUGGACGCCCGUGGUCGUGGUGAACGGGCUGGCGGCCGUGCACGAGGCGCUCGUGUCCCGCAGCGAAGACACCUCCGACCGCCCGCCUAUGCCCGUCUACGAGCACCUGGGGUUUGGGUCGCGCUCCGGAGGAGUGAUCCUUGCACGCUACGGGCACGCGUGGCGAGAGCAACGGCGUUUCUCUGUGUCCACUCUGCGCGACUUCGGCCUGGGCAAGAGGUCACUGGAACAGUGGGUGACCAAGGAGGCCACCUGCCUCUGUGCCGCCUUCGCUGACCAGGCCGGACGUCCCUUUAGCCCCAAGGCCCUCCUGAAUAAAGCGGUGAGCAACGUGAUCGCCUCCCUAGUCUACGGGCGCCGCUUCGAGUACGACGACCCGCAGCUCCUCAAGCUACUGGACUGCCUGGAGGACUCGCUCAAGGAGGAGGCGGGAUUCCUGCGCCAGCUGCUGGAAGUGUUCCCAGUGCUCCUGCACAUCCCAGGGCUGCCUGCCAAGGUCUUCAAGGCGCAGAAGGCCUUCAUGGCCAUGAUGGAUGAGUUGAUCACCGAGCACAGGAUGACCCGGGACCCGGCCCAGCCACCCCGAGAUCUGACUGAUGCCUUCCUGGACGCGGUGGAGACGGCCAAGGACAACCCCAAGAGCAGCUUCAAUGAUGAGAACCUGCGCAUGGUGGUGGUAGACCUGUUCUCCGCUGGGAUGGUCACCACCGCGACCACACUGACCUGGGCCCUCCUGCUCAUGAUCCUGCACCCGGAUGUGCAGCGCCGCGUCCAACAGGAGAUCGAUGAGGUAAUAGGGCAAGCGCGGCAACCAGAGAUGGGGGACCAGGCCCAGAUGCCCUUCACCAUGGCCGUGCUCCAUGAGGUGCAGCGCUUUGGGGACAUCAUCCCCCUGGGCGUGCCCCACAUGACAUCCCGUGACACUGAAGUGCAGGGUUUCCUCAUCCCUAAGGGGACAACACUUAUCACCAACCUGUCGUCAGUGCUGAAGGACGAGACCUUCUGGAAGGAGCCCUUCCGCUUCCAGCCUGAGCACUUCCUGGACGCCCAGGGACGCUUCGUCAAGCAGGCAGCUUUCAUGCCCUUCUCAGCAGGCCGCCGUUCAUGCCUCGGGGAGCCCCUGGCCCGCAUGGAGCUCUUCCUCUUCUUCACCUGCCUCCUGCAGCGCUUCAGCUUCUCGGUGCCAGCUGGGGAGCCCUGCCCCAGUGACCACGUUCUCCUUGGCUUCCUGGUGACCCCAUCCCCGUUCCAGCUCUGUGCUGUACCCCACUAGAGGGGGUACCAAGCCCCCAGCCUGCUCCUCAGCGGGGAGCCCUAAUGUACAAUAAACCAGUCUGGUGGCUCUAGCCUUACUUCUGAGUCCCACCCAGGCCCCUUAACCAGCCCUGGCAGUGAUGGGGCCUCAACAGCAUCCCCAGGGCCAGUGCCUAGCCUACCUUAUCCAUCUCUACCUAGCAUUUGACCCCAUUUGAGAGAUGGGUAUACUGAGGCUCAGAAAAUGACAACUUACCCCUAGUCACCUAUGGAAACCCAAUACUGGCUACUUGGGUGGUAACAAAGUCUAUGCACAGGUCCCAGCUCCUGCUGGCCCUGUGGGGAUGGGGAGGGCCUCACUCAGCCUGGUGCCGAAUCUCAGGCCUGACGGCACCCACCUGGUACUACAGGUCAGCAGCUCAGCCAACAACAUGAAGUCUGCUCCCCCACUUCACCUAUAACACCCCAAAAAGUGGGGAACUCAGGAAGGCUGGGAAGUGAUAUGCCAGGUUAACACUCAGGCUCAUUGGGUGCAGAGCUCUCCCUGGGGAGCCUAAUGGCAGCCCAGAAGCCAGCCACCUCCCUGAGCCUCUCAGUCACCCCAACAUUGAGUUGGCUACCUUCCCCAGCCCCUCAGGGAUGCUCAUGGCCCACCUCCUUCCAGGUAAGCGUUGUCUCAUUGCCAGGCUGGAACUGGAGGACACUUGUCUGGGCUCCAACCCAGGGCACGGUCCUUGGAGUGAUCAGGUCAGACCCAGCUCUCAGGACACUUAGCCAGGGACAGGGAAUGAGCCCCCAUGGGCUGCAGGCAUGUCCUAG